CUUUGUGAAGAAACCUGGGUGUUAAUGGUACAGGAUUGGGUACCAUUGUAUGCUCCGGCUGUCUGCUAGUUAAGCUGAGGGAUGCCUGUGGAAAUCAAGUAGGAGAAGGUGCAUUGACAAGAAUCCGACGAUGGAAACGUGGUCAGUUGAUCAGGUCUGCAAAUGGUUGGUGGAGAAAAACUUAGGUGAGCUAGUCCCCAGGUUUCAAGAGGAAGAAGUCAGUGGGACCGCACUCCUGGCCCUUAAUGAUCGGAUGGUACAGCAACUGGUAAAGAAAAUUGGACACCAGGCUGUUCUGAUGGACUUCAUUAAGAAAUACAAGCAGAGUAAUCAAGGGCUGAAGCCCUCGGGAGGUUCCACAGAGACGUCCCUCCUGACCCUGGUACAAGCGGCCCCUGAGCAUGAACGAAACCUCAGUCCCACCAGCCAUGGGGACCAGACAUCUUUGUAUCCGGCUGUCCUCGACAAUAGACUCAUUGACCAAAGAGUAUUGAAGCAGAGAAGAAAUGUGAAACAUGUUCUAGCAAGGCAUAAAGCAUUGCACUGGACCAAGUCCUACGUCUUACCGGAGUUCCCCUAUGAUGUCAAGUGCGUGCUGGCAGAGCAGAAGCGCCCCGACCACAGCAUGCGGAUAAGGAUCAUUGAGUUUCUCCAGGCAGACAUGACUAAGUACCUGGAAGGCUCACUGUACCCCACCACCCAGCAGUACAACGAUGUGGUCAAUGCUCUGCUGCAGGCUCACCCUUUCCUGGAUGAGGACGGCUGUGGCUUUUUUUUAUGGAAACGAGCCCUCAAGGAUCGCUUUAAAUAUGUCCGAAGACCCAUAGAAGACGAUGAACAAGUCAUGAGAAAUAAGUGUAAAUUUGGACACCGAAGAGGCCAGACAAGGAAGUCUCUCGCUGACAUAAGAUCUAACGAAAUUAAAAUUGUGCAGAUAAAACCAUCGGCCUAGACUUCAGACAGCUGGCACUGAACCCUGAGGGGUUCAGUGAAUCCCCAGGGGUUGUAGAGGCCACUCCACAAGUCCCAGUGCAGUAAAGGAAGAUCCGCUCUGUCUGAAUCUAGCAGUUCGCUUUCUCAUUAAUUCAUGAUGACUCCCUUGAGGCCACCGUCCUGGAGUGUCCUUUCCUGUCUCCCUGAGCAGGAGUGGUGUCUUUAUCCCUCAUACCGUCUUCCUCUCCCUUUCCAUUUUCCUUGUGAGAGUACAUCCCACGUAUUCUUUAUGAAAGACACCUCAGCUGCAGUUCUGUAAGAAUCCAGUGGGGCUCAUCCCUGAAUUCCCUUGUCUAGUGUUCACUGCUAAGGAAUGGGUUUAGGGAACAAGAGAAGCAGGUCUACACUAGCAGAAACAUCCAGAAAAUGUGGUCAUCUUAGUGUUUGAGAAACCAAGACUGAUGGAGGUCUUUGUCCUAAGGAGAGAGACCUGGACCAACCAAUUUCUAAGUUCCUUUGAGCUCUGACAAUGUCAUUAAAAAUACAUCUAAUGUCAGAUAAAUCUUUCAAAGGGGAAGAAUAUUGAGAACUUAAAUUCUGAUGCACUCAUUUAGUAAGGAAAUAUACCCAAUCUGGUACCUAAACCCUAACCAUGGCUAGUCCCAUUAGUCGAUCCAAUAGGAGCUGCCUAGAUAUUUCAGCAUCAUAAUAGGUAAGGGAUGUCAUAAUGGGUAAGUUCAUCGUGCAUAAAUGUGAGUAUCAUUAACAUCAAAAUUUUAUUAUAUUUAAAUAGUAGCAAGCCAUGCAUAUAACUCAAGUUUAGAUUUCAUUUUACUUAAGAAAUACUUUCUAUAUAUUUGAGAAGAUAUAAAAUAAUGUGCAGUGUGUGACAAGCACACAAUAUAUGAGACAAAAUGGGCACCAAGAUUGGCAUUUAGCUUACCACUAGAUAGCUGCUGGUACUAGAUAAUUGCAUGGACCUGAGUUUUCCUCCCCUCCCCCAAGCACUCGCCUUGCCAACAUCACGGUGUUUGGAAGUAACCAUGCCUUGGAUUUUAUGUUACCCUUUAUCAGGUUUUUAAGACAGUGAUUUCCAUGUCAUCUAUGCAUGGAAUGAAUUACUGUUUCAUAUGACUUAUUUUUGAGAUAGAUAGGAAAUCAUGAUAUGAUGGAAUUGGAUAACUUCCUUUUUUCCACUUGCUGUGAUGUCUUUGGGAUACAAUCAGGUUGCUAUUUCUUUCUUUCUCCACAGGUUGAGUAAUCUAAUGUGACAGGGAAUCCCAUUGUCUCUGGAUGCUUGCCUACCCAUCGUCCUCUGACUUGUGUCUGGUUUAGUUUUAGGACAUAUGCAGGAACUUUUGCCAAAGACUUUUGCACAGGGCAGGACUGCUGGUUUAUAGAUUGUGCAAAUCUGCAACUUUGCAAGACAGGGUUACAUUGUUUUCCUAAAUGAUUGUAGACAUUUGACUUCCUGAGCAAGACUUAUUAGAUGCCUUUUAUACUCAAACCUGAAAGUAAAUUGUUUUAUUAGUCCUGAUUUUCAUGGUAAUUAUUCAUGAAUUGGGUAUUUCUUCAUAUAUUUCUAAAAAGUUUACAUGUACUUCUCCUUGAAAUUCCUGUUCAUAAAGGUCUGAAGGAGCUGAAGGGGCUUGCGACCCCAUAUGAACAACAAUGCCAACCAACCAGAGCUUCCAGGGACUAAGCCACUACCCAAAGACUGACCCUGGGCUCCAACUGCAUAGGUAGCAGUGAAUAGCGUAGUAAGGGCACCAGGGGAAGGGGAAGCCCUUGGUCCUGCCAAGGAUGGAACCCCAGUGUACGGGAUUGUUGGGGAGGGUGGAAGGGGGAGUGAAUGGGGAGGGGAACACCCAUAUAGAAGGGGAGGUGGGGUUAGGGGGCUGAUGGACAGGAAACCAGGGAAGGGAAUAACAUUUGAACUGUAAACAAGAAAUACCCAAUUUAAUAAAAAUGGAAGAAAUUCCUGUUCAUGCCCUUGACAUUUUUUGUCAGCUUAUUAAUUUGCAAAAAUCAUAAAUACAUAUGUAUUUUAUGAGUAUUUCACUUAUAUGAGCUUUAUCAAUUAUAUCCAUUGUCAGUAUCUCCUCUCAGUCUGUGUUUUUUCUUUUAAACAUCUUUCUGCUUGUGUUACGACAUAGUUGUCGUUUUAAUGCAAUUAUGGUUAUCAGUCUUCUCACUUUUGAUUUAGUUCCUUCAGAAAACCUUUUUCCACCUUGAACUGAUAAAAAUAUUCUUUAAUUUCCUUUAAUUAAAAAAAAAGUUUUGCCUUU